AUGGCAUACGAUACCGACGCUGUCCAACCUGCGACGGUGGACUCAGAGAAGACUGCAAGAAAGACUAAGGACGAUGUCGAAGUCACCACGGCUCCUUCGAUCUCAGAAGGCAUCGUGGGCGAGAAGAUCGCCCUUGACACCGUCGAAGCCGAGCAUGAGUACACGCAAAAGGACUACCGCCGCCUGCUAUGGAAGAUCGAUCUCUGUUUGCUGCCAUUGAUGUGGUUCUGCUAUGGCAUGCAGCAAGCAGACAAGACGGCGACCAGUGUCAUGUCGGUCUUUGGGAUCAGGACUGAUACCAACCUUCAGGGGCAGCAGUUUUCGUGGUUGACGACGAUCUUCUACCUAUCAUACAUGGUCGCCGAAGCCCCAGGAAACUACCUCAUCCAAAAGUUCCACGUCGGUCGCUUCCUAGGAGUCUGCACAAUAAUCUGGGGCAUCAUCGUCCUCUGCAUCGGCUUCGCCCACAACUUCGCCGGCUUAAUGGUCCUACGUUCCCUGCAAGGAGUUUUCGAAUGCACCAUCUCCCCAACCUUCCUCCUCAUCACAGGCUCCUUCUACACAACCAAAGAACACACCCUCCGCGCCAUAAUCUGGGGAACAGCCAACGCGGGAAUGAACGUGGUCACCGGCCUGAUCAACUACGCCAUUGGCGAUGCAGCCAACGAUAACCCUUCCGGCCUGCGAGCUUGGCGAGGCAUCGCUUUCUUCCUGGGUGGAUUCACUGUCUUCUUGGGUCUUCUCGUCUUCUUCAUCCUUGGCACCCCUCGCGAGGUCAUGUGGCUGUCAGAACGCGAGAAGAGAAUGGCAGCCGCGCGUGUCGUCUCUAACCAGACAGGCUCCGAUCGUCAGAAACACACGGGGUGGAAGUGGAGUCAAGUGAGAACCGCCAUGAAGGAUCCUCAGACUUAUUUCUUCUUCUUCACCAACUUUGCUUUCGCCAUCCCUAAUGGCGGCACCACGACGUUCGGCAACCUCGUGUACAAAUCCUUUGGUUUCACGUCUGAGGAGACCCUUACGAAGGAAACGAUUCCGCAGCAUGCAUUCUCGAUUUGUUGGUUUCUUUUGGCGGGGUUUACGUGUUAUCGGUGGAAGAAUCUGAGAUUUUACUGGAUGAUGUUCUCCCUCCUACCAGCAUUCUCAGGCAUGAUGGGCCUUGCUCUCCUUCCAAAAGACAGCAUGCUGUGGACGAGAUGGGGACUGUACUUAAUGACCACAUGUGGCACCUUGCCAGGGCUAUUAAUGUGGACCAUGCUCCCCUCCAACGUCGCGGGCCGCACCAAGAAAUCCAUCACCGCAACCGGCCUCUUCAUGGGCUACUGCGCCGGCAACGCGACGGGCGCCCAACUCUUCCAGGAGAAAGACGCCCCCGACUAUAUCCCCGGCUUGACGGGUUGCGCGGUGGUGUAUGGGCUCGAGAUCGUGCUCAUGUCGUUGUGGCGCACGUGGUAUUGGUAUCAGAAUAAGCGGAGGGAUCAGAAAGUCAGGGAGAUGGGAUUGGGUUAUGAGGAGUGUAGAAGGAUGGGCAUGGUUGCUGCCGAGGAGGAUGUGACGGAUUUGGAGAAUGUGCAUUUUCGGUAUCAGAUGUGA